CGACAAUCAUGAAAAGACUUGGCGAAAUCAGCAUUUUCUCCUCACGCUCAUUAUGUUCGCCUUUUCUAUUUGUUACUUAUGUUCCCUCAAAAAGUCACAUUAGUCAUUUUAUAUUCACAUGCUGUUCAUGCACCCCGACAUUGGUGCAUACUCUUCCGUGUUUGUUGCUGCCUCGCCGGAAGUCGACGCCGACCCACGAUAUCAGGGAGGGUAUCUGCAGCCCAUCGCACAACUUGGGGAGGCCUCGAAGACAGCUUGUGACCCGGAAGUGGCGAGGGAGCUCUGGCAGACGAGUGAGAAAAUUGUGGAAGGAAUGCUUUCCCUUUCUUGAAUGACGGUCAUCUGGAAUCGAGCUGCCUGCCUAGUAAUUCGACUUGAUUCCUUGGAAAUCUUGUCUUAUUUGACCAUUCUCGUUUCUUCCACGCAAAUAUAUGAUGUGAUGCCAUGCAGGACAUUCUAUAUCUGCAAUCGUGAAGCAUGC